AUGCGCCACACACAGAAACUAGUGCUGUGCGUAUCUUUGUCACUCAUCGUGAAUGUCGAUGUGAAUGAUGUAUGGGCGUUGCCCUUCACGCCCAAGGGAGGUGUUGGUGUCCGUCCACAGGACCCCCCACCAGUCUACCACACGUUCACAGAGUUUGACUUCCAGUCAUUGAACUUAGCACUCAAUCAGGAGUAUAUCGAGCUCGAUUUGUUUCACAAUGGCUUAGCCAGAUUCAGUGAUGCCGAGUUUGAAGCUGCUGGAUUAAACGCGAAUGAUCGUUUCUUGAUUGAGUACAUGGCGGAUCAAGAGGUCGGACAUGCGCAGUUAAUCACGAACAUGCUUGGACCUACGUCUGCAAAGCAAUGCAUUUACGAGUACCCUUUCCACAAUGUGCGCCAGUUCCUCGAUUUCUGCCAAAAAUUGACUCGCUUUGGAGAAUCUGGCGUUUACGGCUUUCUCCCCCAUCUGAACCAACGUCCCGUAGCGCAACUGCUCACUCAGUCCAUAACCACUGAGGCCCGUCAGCAGUUUGUAUUUAAACAGUUCGAGGGCGCCUUCCCCAUGGCUCUCCACUUUACAACAGGAUUACCCCAGGCGUGGGCCUGGACGAUGUUGUCACCUUAUUUGAAAUCAUGUCCGAAAGACAAUCCACGUAUCAUAUGGCAGAUUUUCCCAGCCCUCAACAUAACUAACAACCCAUCCAUCAUCGACACUACAACUUCGGGCGAGAUCGUCUCUUUUGAAUCGGGGACCGAAGUUUAUUACCCAUCCACAAGUCCUACUCAAGGGCCGUUUUACCUAGCAGCAUUGAGCACGAAUCGUACGAGCUUGAGCUUUCCUGGAAGAGAGGUCCACUUCAGGUGGGAUCUUCCUGGGAAGAAGACGAGUUACGACUUAAGCUAUACGACUCACUCAACCGCCAAAGGUCCACCCAAGUGGGCGCUCUGGGUCUCCCAAUUGAACGUGACUUACACGCCCCUUCACAACAUCAACUUCGCUUCGCGUACGGCAAGCACGUUCCAACCGGGUGGAAUUGUGUUCCCCCCCGAUGACUUCCCCGAUUCACCGGUCCCAGGCAUGAAGACAUAUGAUAAUGUCGCCGUGAAUGAUACGAUGUUCAUCGCGCUGGUGGAUAGGAAGAUUCACGUUACACCUUUCAACCUAAGCCUGAUCAACACACAUGUGGUAGCAGGGCCCGCCUUGUACCAGGCCGACUAA